UCUGUAAACAGCUAAAGUCAGACUUUAAGGCAGUUGGUUGCAAACAAACUUUGAUUCCUGCUACAACAGAUGUCAGAGUUUCUUGGUUUUUGGCUGCGUCUGGGGACAUCUUGUGAUGUUUUAGAGAACAGGACAUGAUCUCACAUGGCGAGAAGCUCUUUAGUUCCUUAAUCAUUUCACGGUUCCUUCGGAGGCUUUUUUUCCACCUAAAACGUUUAGUUUCAGCUCAGUGAUCAGCUGGAAAAGCUCGACGGGGAGCGGAAGGGUUGAAUUAUUCCAACCUGCAAGCAGACCCUUAAAAAAAAAAAGUGGAAACUUUUUUUUUUCUCUGUCCAUUUCUCCAAGUCCUGAAAAACCAGCAUGGAAUUAGAGAAAACCUACAUGACUCCCAGGGCUGGCCGAACAGGACAUGGAGGAGUGAAUCAGUUAGGGGGUGUUUUUGUGAAUGGUCGUCCGCUUCCAGAUGUUGUCCGUCAAAGGAUUGUGGAACUUGCUCACCAAGGGGUCAGGCCGUGUGACAUCUCCAGGCAGCUCCGGGUCAGCCAUGGUUGUGUCAGCAAAAUUCUUGGCAGGUACUAUGAGACUGGAAGCAUUAAGCCUGGAGUGAUUGGAGGCUCCAAACCAAAGGUCGCCACACCCAAAGUCGUCGAAAAAAUCGCAGAAUAUAAACGCCAAAAUCCCACCAUGUUUGCCUGGGAGAUCAGGGAUCGACUUCUAGCCGAGCGAGUGUGUGACAAUGACACGGUCCCCAGCGUCAGCUCAAUUAACAGGAUCAUACGGACUAAAGUACAGCAACCACCCAACCAGCAAGUCCCAGCCUCUAGUCACAGCAUAGCCUCCACGGGGUCCGUGACCCAGGUCUCCUCAGCGAGCACGGAUUCCGCCGGCUCCUCCUACUCCAUUAGUGGAAUUCUGGGAAUUACAUCCCCCAGCGCCGAAAGCAACAAGCGCAAACGCGACGAAGGUAUUCAGGAAUCUCCAGUACCAAAUGGCCAUUCCCUCCCGGGUAGAGAUUUCCUUCGGAAACAGAUGCGAGGAGAUCUCUUCACCCAGCAGCAGUUAGAAGUGUUGGAUCGAGUCUUCGAGAGACAACAUUAUUCUGACAUCUUCACGACAACUGAACCCAUCAAACCAGAGCAGUGGUGCUCCAUGCUGAUGAGACAAUACUUGGUGCAGCCUCAGGCAGUCAUUUUUCAGACGACAGAAUACUCAGCCAUGGCAUCAUUAGCUGGUGGAUUAGAUGAUAUGAAGGCCAAUCUAACAAGCCCGACUUCAGCAGAAUUAGGAGCCAGUGUUCCAGGGCCACAAUCAUACCCUAUUGUGACAGGUCGUGAAUUGGCAAGCACAACCCUCCCAGGAUACCCUCCCCACGUCCCCCCUGCUGGACAGGGCAGCUACUCUGCUCCAACACUGACAGGAAUGGUGCCUGGGAGCGAGUUUUCUGGAAGUCCGUACAGCCACCCACAGUACUCAACAUACAACGACUCCUGGAGAUUUCCCAACCCUGGAUUGCUAGGUUCUCCUUAUUAUUACAGUGCUGCAGCCCGAGGAGCGGCCCCCCCAGCAGCUGCUGCUGCCUAUGACCGUCACUGACCCACGGAGUCCGGAACUCAAGCACUUAUUAAACAUAUCAUCCAAGCCAAUGGCACCCGAUUCACCUAGAAAUAACCAUGCAAAUCAGACUGCAAGGAGGGAAGAGGAAAGUAUCCACUAGCACGCGCUGGCUGAAAUUUUACUCGUUAAAGGGGGUGGACUAAUUAUUAUUGUUUUUUAAAAACAAUGAAAUUCUGGCAAUAUUAACUGGGGUCUCAUACAAAACAAAGAAAGAGGAGAAACCCGUUCUGCUGCCAUUGCAUCUGGUUUGAAAGGUACAGUAGCUGCAUCCUACCCACAGCCUACUGAUCUCACUGCCUCUGGUUCUCUCAGCUGUGCCUGGGGGCUGGACACAGUUCUGACAUUAAGCAGGCCAACGUGGGGCAUCUCUCGUAAGGUGCAUUGACACAGGCUGUGUGACUCAACAUGGGUGGUCUGGCUUUUCUAAAAAAAUAUAUAAAGAAGGGUUGGUCUGCUCAAUUUACACGGCACCUAUGUAAAUAACUUGCUUCUUUGUGUUACUUUGAGUGGCUUAGCGUAAACAGCAACAUGGUACAAAUUAUGAACUCAAAAUGCAUCUGAAAAUGUGUUUUGAAACUGGUGCACUGAUUCAAAGAAUUCAGUAAGCUUUAACCGACUUUGAACCAGGUUAACAUUCAUUGUGGCUGUGUUUGGAGCUGAUGUAAUUUCUAUAUACAGCGUCAUAGCUGACAGUCCGGGUGUGAACAUGCGAUGAGCUAGCAUGGUGCACACGAGCAACCGAAAGACAUGGGCAGUUUGUGACAUUUUACUGCUAAGUAUUAAUUUAUGUUUAUUUGUAAUCAUAACUAGCACUGAAACAAAUUCUCUGCUUUCAAGUUAAAUCACAUCAGAGAAGGAAUUCCUAAUUAAUAACCAAGCCCUUGUGUACAUCUAUAUAGCAUACAUGCGGACACCCAAUUAUUUCUGUUUUGUAAAGAAAUGAGAAAAAUCCCAAGGUGAUGAUUUUUCAAAUGGACCUCUCAAACUGGACUGCAUUUGGGGCAGCCCUGCACCCUGAAAUAGUCAAACAUUGCUUUACAAAUCAAAUGGAUGGGGGGACACCCAUUUGGGGAUACCCAUAUGUUUAAGUGAAGACAUUUCUCAAAGUCAUUCCGUGCACACAGUGGGCUAUAAAGUUACACUGGGGAUAAAUUUGGCCCAUUAUUUCUGUAUAGUCUCCCUCCCUCUCUAAGAAAGAGCAUUUAUAGAACCAAGUGACAUUUUGUUCAGUGGUCUCGACUUCCCAGAGCUAAUGAACAGAAGAGGGCAGCUUACAAAUGAUUGGCCUAGCUAGUACAUCAAUCACCACCAAUCCCAUGGAACCAUAUCAAGUACGUAUUUUUCCCCAAAGGAACAGCUCUUUAAUCCUGUGUGAUACGCGCACGUCUCAUCUGCAAAAAGGGAAGGUUAGAGAAGUGUUUCUACUGAAGACAAUGGAAAACCUCCCAGUGGCUCAGGACCUGCCCCAGAGCCUGCCGCAAUGUUGCCAUAAUUAGUGUGACAGGGACAAAUUCUACCAUCGUUACACUGCUGCACACUUACAUACUCUAGUAAUCUGGCUUGGGUCCAGGACUAAGGGUGUUGCCCAAAACAGGUUUCCUAUAAGUGAGCUAUUGAAGUACAAACAUUAUCUAAAGAGUGAGAACUUCUUUAGUUACCAUUUUAUCUUUGUGCUGCUUGUUCUGAAUGGAUGUCAUCAAAUCACACGGUAGCAAUUUGGCGGGAUUUGGACACAUGCUUCUUCCAAAACCUUUGUACAAUAUUUAAUAGGUCUUCUGAUCAUCAGACUCGGGAGCGGAGACAUCUCUAGUUUCCAAGGCAGAGCGUCCUACCCAGGAGGCUAGGUUAGUAAACAUCCCCAGACCCUCAGGCGAAAGUAGCAAUUAAUAGCCGAUAAACAUUAUUCCGUUUAAAAAGCUACUGAGCAGUAUGUGUGGCUCUCUCCUUCAAGGAAGCAGCAGCAUUCUUCUCCUCUGAGACCGUUUUUUCCAGAAUGAUCCUCUGAGUCCUCACUAAACGCUGGAUGAUCUUUCAGCUGUAGGGCUGUAAAGGGAAUUUUCUCUCUUGGAUAAAGGUUACUUAGAAUCCCCUCUGAGUUUCUUUGAUUGGCAUGUGCACCAACCUGCAUGCACUAUGAGCCUUCUGGAACAUUAGGCUCUUUCCGUUUCCCAACUGAAAAGAAACUGACGUAUCGGCUAAUAUAUUAUUGCAAAGUCUCAUGGGAGUGGGGGUUUCAUAAUUAAGGCUGAGUCGAGUGACGCUGGUGUAUGUCUAGAGAACUGUCAUGACCAGCCAGGAAGCGUGCACGUUUUCUUUCCCUUUCUAGUGAUCAGGUUCCACGUGGCUGGUUGCUCCACUUAGUUACAGCGUGGUGGUGCAGUGGGGUUCUAGCUGUGGUUAGUGCCAGGAUAUCAGACAAAGAGGUAUUGACCAGCUGUGAGACGUUCUGAGCCAAGCAGGGCUGACCUUUUGGGCUGGGAAACUGGGGAUUCUCACUGCUAAGUACCAGGUUGGACAGACUGUCAUAAGUAGAGGAAUGACGGAACAGUGGAUUAAAUGCCCCUUCUCCCCCGUCAGAGAGGCAGCCUACAAGCCCUUGUUGAGCGAUAUUUUGAGAGUGCCUAGUGUUCGGGCUGGCUCUCUGCUCUGGGGUGAGCCUGGUGGCCACGUGGUCUAGAAGAGUGAGGUGCCUUGGAACAGUUCGACUAGCUUUGGCGUUGCAAGAAGAGGAAGCAGUAGGUGGCUGGCCACUGGCAUGCACAUGCUCAGCACGGAAAUGGGCUUAGCUAUGCGAAUGACAAAAGCAAGGCGCAGCCCCAGUGUCAGUAGGAACUUUCCUCACGGGGGCGUGCAUCGACUUAGAGAGCAAGCUGCCAUACCCAGGGCCACACUCCACUUGCCUUAGUCACUGAAGAGUGCUUAAACCCAGUGGGUGCGUCACGUAGGCAUGCUCUGUCCCCGAACCUGGGCACAGCCUCCUCCAAACACACUCGCAUUCCCACUACUGGCAGCUUGGAGGAGGAUUUGCCACUGCCUCCCCCUGCAUAGCUGGGCACACCGUUCCCAUUCAUUUUAAAGGGAAACCAAAUCCUUUAGGUUUCUUUGGGGAUUAGCGCCUGGCAACAGAUGGCUUUCUGGGCAAAUAUUACCUCCUGUGACUCUUGCCCAUAUGCCUGCUGACUCCUCUGGUGGCGUGACGUCCCCCUGUUCAUUUUCUGACCUUCUCACCGCCAUGAGGGACACGUUCCAUGCACGGUUUGGAAGAAAACACGGAAUGUUCGCAUCCUGGGUAAACUUGUUGGCUGUGUCUAGACUGGCAAGUUGGAGAGGGAAAAACUUGCCAGCUGUCUACACUGGCUGCUUGAAUUUGC